AUGCUUAUGGCCCGAGACACGGCACGGGAUGAGGCUCAAAAGCUACACAGGAAGUGGCUGAAGCACCAGGCCUUUAUGGCGGAGCUGGCCCGCAAUAAAGAAUGGCUGGCCAAGAUAGAACAGGAGGGUCAGGAGCUGAUCCAGGAGAAGCCAGAGCUGCGCUCGGUCGUUCAGCAGAAGCUGGAGGAGAUCAGAGAGUGCUGGUCCGACCUGGAGAGCACGACCAAGGCCAAGGCCCGCCAGCUCUUUGAAAACAACAAGCCGGAGCCGGCAGUGAAGAGCUACUCGGACCUCGACAACCAGCUCUCCCACCUGGAGCAGCAGCCGCCCCAGCUGGAACAGGCGCACCAUCUGCCCACCUUCAAUGAGCAGCUCCAGAAAUUCCAGGCAAUGGAGUCUCAGAUAGGGGACUUUUACAAGGAUGUGGGAGAGCUGGGAAGCUUGCAGGGGGUCUGUCUACCCCAGCGAGGGCUGAUGGCAGGUGACAAGGAGGGCGGUGAGCAGUCAGGCGGGGUAGAGACCCGCAUCGUCCGCCUCAUUGAGCCCUUGAAGGAGAGACGCCGCAUCCUGCUGGCUUCCAAAGAGAUGCACCAAGUCGCCCAAGACCUGGAGGAUGAGAUACUGUGGAUUCAGGAAAGGCUUCCCCUGGCCUCCUGUAAGGAUUAUGGGAAUAACCUCCAGAGUGUACAGCAGCAUGUCAAAAAGAACCAGAUACUCCAGAGGGAGCUGACUGGGCGGCGGGCUCGUGUUGAGGAGGUUCUGGACCGGGCAGGGAUUAUCGCUUCACUGAGGACUCCUGAGGUGGAGUUUGUGCGUGAAGGGGCGGGGCAUGUGCGCCAGCUGUGGGAGGUUUUGCAGCUGGAGACAGAGAGGAGGUCUGUGAUGCUGGACGCCGCACUGCAGGCUCAGCAGUACUACAGUGAGGCUGCUAAGGUGGAGUCCUGGCUGUCAGGUCAGAAGCUCCAUCUGGCCAAUGAAGAAAAAGGCAUGGAUGAGACGAGCACCCUGCAGCUGCUGAAGGCCCACCUGGCUCUGGAGCAAACAGUGGAAACAUAUGCAGAGACAGUAGGCAUGCUAUCCCAGCAAUGCCAGCAUCUACUGGAGCUUGUACACCCAGAAAGUGAGCACAUCACCAAGCAGCAGUCCCACAUAGACCGCCUAUAUGUGUCUCUGAAGGACAUGGUGGAGCACAGGAAGACCAAGCUGGAGCAGCAGUACUGGCUCUAUCAGCUCAACAAGGAUGUGGAGGAGUUAGAGAAGUGGAUCACUGAGCGUGAGGCAGUGGCCAGUUCCACGGAGCUGGGCCAAGAUCUCGAGGAUGUCACGGUGCUUCAGGAGAAAUUCACUAAGUUUGCCUCAGAAACCAACAGCAUUGGCCAGCAGCGCAUGGAGCAGGUGAACAAAAUGGUGAACGAGAUGAUCGACUGCGGCCACUCUGACGCAGCCACCAUCGCCGAGUGGAAGGACGGACUAAACGAGUCGUGGGCGGACCUCCUGGAGCUGAUGGAGACGCGCAGACAGAUGCUUGCAGCAUCACACCAACUGCACAAGUUCUUCACUGACUGCAAAGAGGUCUUGGCUCAGAUCGCAGGGAAGAUGAAGCAGCUGCCAGAGGUGAGGGCGUGCCAAGCCAACAUCACCAAUCCAGCCACCCUGCAGAGACUCAUGCACUCUUUUGAGCAUGCCCUUCAGCUGCUAGUCGCCCAGGUGAGGCAGCUGCAGGAGAAUGCGGCCCAGUUGAGAACCAUCUAUGCUGGUGAGAAGGCUGAGGCCAUCAUGGUCAAAGAGCAGGAAGUGAUGGAGGCGUGGAAGGAGCUGCUGAGCUCUUGUGAGGCCAGUCGCGUCCAGGUCACUUCAGUAACUGACAAGGUGCAGUUCUUCUCAGUGGUGCGUGAAAACCUGAUGUGGAUGGAAGGCAUCAUGGGCCAGAUAGGAUGGGACGAGCCCAGGGAUUUAACGGCUCUGGAGAUGAUGAUGAAACAACAUCAGGAGCUGAAAGCCAAAAUAGACGGCCGCAGCAAGACCAUACAGCAGUGUGCAGAUCUCGGCAAGAUCCUGAUAGCUGCAGGCAACCCUGCAUCAGAGGAGAUAAAAGAGAAGUUGGACAGCCUUCUGGCUAAGCAGAAGGAUCUUAGUGAAAAAUGGGACAAACACCAGGAAAAGUUACAGCGCAAGCAGGAAAGGUUCCAAUUUGCCCAGGAGACGGUAAAGGCGGAAGCCUGGCUGAAGGCCAAGGAGCCUCUGAUCACCUCCAAGGAGCCAGAGGGAGGAGAGGCCCGGGCCCAAACAGACGAGGUUGAGCAGCUCAUCCUUCGCCAUGAGGCCUUCCGCAAGGCUGCUGUUACCUGGAAAGAACGCUUCAGCUCUCUCCGCCAGCUUUCCGCAGCUGAGAAGAAAAAAGAGGAGGAGAAAAAGACAACCCCACUCUCCAGCCGAAGGAUGUUUCCAUUAUCUUGUCUAACUCCCAGUGUUCCCUCAACCAGCGCUACCUCAUCUUUCUUGAGGCAGACGGUACAGGCCCAUAUAGAACCCAAACCCUUACAGACCAGUCUGGAUCUAGGCGCCACUUCUGCAAGCCAGAGAUUGUCCUCAACCCUAGCCAGCUACAACCCAGUUAUAAAUGGAUCAGGCUUCCAUGGACUGGAACAACAGUGCAGUGGGAAGUUGGUGAGCUCCCCAUACCUUGGGAUGAACCACCAGGCGGCCGGAGGUGGAAGUGACUCCGGUUUCUCUGCGAUGACCUCCCACAGUGGUGGAGCAGACACUUCUACUUAUCUUGGGAUAAACCAUCAAAAUGCUGGCAGUGCUGAGAGCUCUGGAUACUUUGGACUGACUACUGGGUGUGUGGGAGGCAUGCAAAACCAUCUAAGCAGUGGCAGGUUAGGAAGUUCAGGUAACCUGGCUCAGCAGCCAAGCAGUGGAGGUAUGGGAAGCCCUGGAUUUCUGCCUCAACAGAAUAUGGGCAGUUCUGGAUAUUUGGCCCAACCACAAAAUAUGGGAAGUUCUGGAUACUUGGGACAGCAGCCUAAUUUAGGGAGCACAGGAUAUUUGGCACAACAGCCUAAUAUGGGGAGCUCUGGGUAUUUGGCACAACAGCCUAAUAUGGGGAGUUCUGGGUAUUUGGCACAGCAGCCUAAUAUGGGGAGUUCUGGGUAUUUGGCACAACAGCCUAAUAUGGGGAGUUCUGGGUAUUUGGCACAGCAGCCUAAUAUGGGGAGUUCUGGGUAUUUAGCACAGCAGCCUAAUGUGGUGAGUUCUGGAUACCUAGCGCAGAAUUAUCAGAGCAGUGGGGGAAUGGGUAGCUCAGGCUAUCUGGCACAAAAUCAUUACAGCAGUGGAAGUCUGGGUAGUUCUGGUUACCUAGCGCAGAGUGGUGGCAUCAUGGACCCAAAAAUGGCAUAUGCGUGGCAGCACCUUAAAGCUGACUUCAUGCAGCCUAGGAUCAACCACAUCCACAAGGCUGUAAAUCCCCUACUAGAAGCCAGUAGAGUGCAGCGGGAACAGUUUGGGGACAUCCCAAUGGCGGACAUGGUGGGGCCGGAGUCAGGGCUGGAGCUCCUCCAUGGCCGUCUCCAGAGGGAUCCCCGUGGCAGCCGCUCUGAUCCUCAGAUGGACCAUCUGAGGCGAGAGAGGGAGUACAAGCUGGGCAGACAGACCUCCAGUGAACAGGAGAUCCAGGCCAGGCUUAACGAGCUGCCGCUCAUUGUGCGUCAGGAGCGCUACCGGAGACGCCUGGAGAGGCAGUCAUCCAGUGAACAGGAGGGGAGCGGCAAGCAGAGGCUGCAGAGGCAGGACUCGAGUGACCUGGAGGGCUCUGUUAAGGAGGGCUCUGACAAACGCUCAGGGGAGAAGAGAUCUACCAUGGCAGAGAUUGUAGAACAAGUCCAGGAGAGAGAAGCAGCACAUGCACGAGGAGAACCUUAUCGGCCUCCUAGCAGCCUCUCAGCACCAGUGACUCGUUUUGACGGACGUCCACGAGCUCGAGACCGCCCCAAACCGAGGAGGAGACCCCGUCCAAAAGAACCUGAGGAAACACGACGUUCUCGUUCAGCUCCAGCUACUGGUGCCCCAACAACACCUCAGCCACCUUCACACACUGCCCAUAAUGAAGGCUUCCUCUACCGCAAAAAGGCCACCACUUCUGACCUUGAAGCUCAGCAGAGAAGCCCUAACAGCAAGUCCUGGGUGAACGUAUAUUGUGUGCUGAAAGAGGGAAAGCUGACCUUCUACAAGGAUGCAAGGAACCACAACACAACGUACAAUGAAGAGCCUCCCGUUGACCUUAGUAACUGCUCAUUUGAUCCUUCGAUGGGAUACAAGAAGAAGAAAAAUGUCUUCAUUCUGAAAAUAAAUGAUGGAAACAACUUUGCAUUCCAUGCAAAAGAUGAGGAGGACCUGAAGGCUUGGACUUCAAAUAUCACCACCUGUAUAGCUGAGCAUGAGGCCAUGGCCAAGUGGGACAAGCCAGGCACCUCGUCCAUGGACCCCGACCACUCGGAGAGGAAGGAGAAGUCGGAGGGAGACGCAGAUGCCAGGUCAGAGAGGUCCGAGCUCGCUGAAGGCGAGGAGAGGUCCGAGAAGGAGAGGUCAGAGAAAGGGGAUGGCUCCGAGAAGUUAGACACGUCAGAAAUUGCCGACAAAAUGGAGGGCGGGGCGGGGGGCUCCAGCACGUCUGGAAAGAGCAAAUGA